GCAAAGGCUUCCGUCGUCCGAAGCGUUUGGCUCCUCAAAUUGCCUCCGCUCCAUUGAGAGAUAGUGCUGCUUCUGAUUGGAGUCUGUAAACAUGGUAAUAAGGUGAUACCUGGAUAUCAUAACUACAAGAAUGUUCCUGCCAUAAAGAGUCGUUUAGCGGCAUCUCCAGUUGACGGAUAAAAACGAUUUCUAAGAGUUUGUGAGAUGCGACUGUCCAGAUCUUUGUCAAUAACAUCAUUAAGUGGACUUCCACAAUGGGAAGAGGAAAGUCUACCUGUGGAAGAUCUCCUGCUCUUUGAGGUCGCCUGGGAAGUAACUAAUAAGGUGGGGGGAUAUAUACUGUUAUUCAGACUAAAGCAAAAAUCACCGUGGAUGAAUGGGGUGAGAACUACUUUAUGAUGGGACCCUACUACGAACACAACUUCAAGACCCAGGUGGAGAAAUGUGAACCUCCAAGCCAAGCCAUCAAAGCCGCCAUGGACUCCUUGAGUAACAACGGUUGCCAGGUUCACUUUGGCCGCUGGUUGAUUGAGGGCAGCCCGUACGUCAUCCUCUUUGAUAUUGGGGCAGCUGCCUGGAACCUGGACCGCUGGAAGGGGGAUCUGUGGGACACAUGCAGCAUCGGGCUACCCUAUCACGACAGGGAGGCCAACGACUCGCUCAUCUUUGGUUCUCUUGUGGCCUGGUUCUUCAAGGAGUUAACAGACCAACUUCAGGACAAUCCCAACGUAAUCGCUCAUUUCCACGAAUGGCAGGCUGGAACAGGACUUGUACUGAGCCGCUCCCGCAAGAUUCCCAUGGCAACCAUUUUUACCACACAUGCCACCCUACUGGGGCGGUACUUGUGCGCUGGUAAUGCAGACUUCUACAACAACCUGGACAAGUUUAACGUAGACCAAGAGGCAGGAGAGAGGCAGAUCUACCAUCGCUACUGUUUGGAGAGGGCUGCUGUACACUCCGCGCAUGUCUUCACCACCGUGUCGCAGAUUACAGCUGUGGAGGCCAAUCACAUUCUCCAUAGACAGCCAGAUGUGGUCACCCCAAACGGCCUGAAUGUUAGGAAGUUCUCAGCCAUGCAUGAGUUCCAGAACCUGCACUCCAUGAACAAAUCCAAAAUCCAGGAGUUUGUAAGAGGUCACUUCUAUGGCUAUCUGGACUUCAAUCUGGAAAAGACCCUGUUCUUUUUCAUCGCAGGACGAUAUGAGUUUUCAAAUAAAGGAGCAGACCUGUUCCUCGAAUCUCUGUCCAGAUUAAACUACUUGCUAAGGGUUCAUAAGAGUGACGUUACAGUGGUUGUGUUCUUUAUCAUGCCUGCCAAAACCAACAACUUCAAUGUGGAGUCUCUUAAAGGACAGGCUGUACGCAAGCAAAUGUGGGACACAGCUCAAUCGGUGAAGGAGAAGUUUGGCAAAAAGCUUUACGAGGGCUUGUUGAGGGGUGAGAUCCCAGACAUGAGCAAAAUCCUGGACAGAGAUGAUUUCACAAUCAUGAAGAGGGCCAUUUAUGCAACACAGAGACACUCUCUCCCUCCAGUAACAACUCACAACAUGCUGGAUGACUCCACAGACCCCAUCCUGAGUAACAUCCGCCGAAUCGGCCUCUUCAAUGGACGCAAUGACCGAGUGAAGAUUAUUUUCCAUCCGGAGUUCCUGUCCUCCACCAGUCCCCUGCUGCCCAUGGACUAUGAGGAGUUUGUGCGCGGCUGCCAUCUGGGAGUGUUUCCAUCCUACUAUGAACCAUGGGGCUACACGCCAGGUGAGUGUACUGUAAUGGGAAUUCCCAGCGUAACCACCAAUCUAUCCGGGUUUGGCUGUUUCAUGGAGGAACAUGUCUCCGACCCGUCUGAAUAUGGAAUCUACAUUGUGGACCGGCGAUUCCGUUCUGCAGACGAGUCGUGUAACCAGCUGACUCAGUUCAUGUUUUCGUUCUGCCAGAAGUCGCGCAGACAGCGAAUAAUCCAACGCAACCGAACGGAGAGACUCUCUGACCUGCUGGACUGGCGAUACCUCGGACGGUUCUACAAGCAAGCCAGGCAUCUGGCCCUCAGCAGAUCCUUCCCUGCUAAAUUCAAAAUGGACCAUCUGAACCUUACACCGACGCACGGUUUCCGUUACCCGCGACCCUUAUCCGUCCCUCCAUCCCCGUCAGCUUCCCUCCACUCCACCCCUCACCACAGCGACGAGGAAGAUGACGACACCUAUGACGAAGACGAGGAGGCCGAGAGGGACAGGCAGAACAUCAAGGCUCCUUUCACUCUGGGUGCGGAGCCUGAGGGUAAGGGGGAACAACCGCUGGAAAAUGGGAAUUAGGAUCCGCACAACUCCUGCUCCUGUAGCCCGGGCAUAUUUACACCUGCUAGCCUUUGAGAAUGUGCUACAGCUUUUACAUGGAUUACCGAUAUCACCAAAUCUUGAACUUACAGUGGCGUUCAAAAGUCUGAGAUCAUGUCAAAAAGAUUUGGGUUACACUUUAUUUUAGGGUGUCCUUGUUACAGUGUAAAUAUGCAUUUUAUAUGAUGGCUAGUUGCAUGUUAUUAUGCAUCGUUUACUAUUAUUACUAUAGCAAGUACAUGUAAAAUGUGUAACAUUUGCUGUUUAAAAUUCUUUAUUUUACAGGUACUGUGGUAAUAAAUAUAAAUUAUGUGUAAGUACAUGCAAAUAAGCCUCAUAUAGUAAGUACAUGUGGUUAAUUAUUAUUACUUGGUACUUAAAUGUAUAAUUAGACUGUAAUACAUGGACACUUUAAAAAAAGUAACUAAUUCUAUUUAAAAUGGAAAAUGCUGAUUACUCAUUUGUCAUUUGUUUAUAUCAUAAUGCUUUACUGAUAAUAGAGUAUGUAAUAAAAAUAUAGAAAAAAACAAAAACAUUUUCACUAUUAAGUCUCAGACAGUCCACUGUAUGAAAUAUCAUUGGUGAGAUAUUAGUGGGCUAUUUUUAUUUUUGGUAUGUCGGAGCCGUGAGGCUGUUAUAGAGAAAAUGUAAAACAAAAUCGUAUGUAUUUUCCCCAAUAACAUACUUUUAUAUAUUUCCAAGAGAUGCAAAGUUUUAAUAACAACAUUAAUGUGCAGAAAUGUAAAACAUCCCAUCCAUGUUUUGUUAAAAAGUUGGAAAUUUGAGUGUCCUUGUUAUACGCACUAUGUAAAUUAUGCAUAACUACAUAAACCAAGCUGUUUAUUAAUAUUGCUUUGAGUUUGUACACAAUGGUAUAAUUGCACUGUAACAAGGACAUCUUAAAAUAAAGCGCAACCAAAAAAUAGUCUCA